AUGUCUUUCUUUGGCUUCAAUACCGCCCUGCCGAGGGACCAGGACCCUGGUCCCUCUGGCUCCCGCGGUUUCUUCGAGAACCCGGAUCCCUUCGCGGAGGUUGCCCGGGCUUCGGCGCUUGAAGAUGACGACGCAAUUGACUUCGAGGACACCUACGAUGGCCUUGGCGACCGACUUGACGACGACCAGGAUGAGUUCAACGACGACACCUUUGGCGGCGGUGGCGGAGAUAAUACCAGUGGAGGAGCUGUCGGCAGAGACUUUGACUUCUUUGGUCGAACUGCUCAGGUUGCCGAUGCAAUUGGCGAGGAGCACAUCCGAUACAGCUUGCAGAACCCCCAUGCUGCUCCCCCCGCCCCGCUAGAUGCCCACGUAGCUGCCCAGCCUGUUGCCGAACCGACCACCAGGCGCACUGGCUACGAGAAGUAUUCGGACCCUGGAUAUAUCCCGGAUCUUCAGGCCAAAUCGAGCGUGUGGGGUGUCUCGCAGAAGAAGCCAGAAUCGAGUCCAGCUCUGAUGCACUCGAUGCCCAUCAUGCCCACCAUGCCAGUUGUCCCUAGCCGAAAGAUGAUGAUGAGCUUGGAGGAGGUGGAAGCACAGAUGCGCAGUCGAGGCCAGGCUUUCGGGCCUAUUCCCACUCAGCCAAUUCAUCAGCAGAUGCCCGAUUCAUCCUAUCUGCGCCACCCGCAGGACUUCCCGACUCUGCCUGAUGGAUUCCCUACCAAUAUCCCCCCGGAAAUUCUCCGAGCGCAGCUUGAAAAGGGCGGACUACCCCCGCAUAUGUCACACCCUCCACCGGGUAUCCAGGAACUCUACGGAGGUCCUGGUCCCGCACCUGGCGCACCCCUGCAGCAUCUGCAGAACAACCUUCCUCCCCAAAACCUGCCACCUCAAGGGCCUCGCCAUGCGGGUCCACCCCCCGCCCAGCGGCAACAGCAGAUGCCACCCCCACCUUCUCGGGGCCCCAACGGUGGACUGCCGGUGAUCACUAACCCGCAACAGCUGGUGCACCUUACCGAGGAGCAACGUAACACUUACCUGAUGGAGGACGCCAAGCGGGCGAAGCGCAAUCACAAGAUCUUCCUCUUAUCUCGCGGCAAUGGAUUGAUGACACCUCAGGAUAAGAACUUCAUCACCCGCAUUCAACUCCAGCAGCUUGUGGCUGCGGCUGGCAAUGUCGCCGACUCCGAUCCUGAAGCCGUGCUUGCCGAGGACUUUUACUAUCAAGUUUAUAGCCAGAUUCGUGGCGCCCCACGCCAGCACCCCCACCAACCUUUAGGUCACUUCGCUCAGACUUACCUCCUCCAAACUGGCAACCGUAUUGGAGGGCAUGGCAACCGCCGUGCGUUCCAGGGAGCGGAUAACCACAUGCAGCGCAUGCAGCAGCAAGUGCAGCGUGCCGUCGAGGCAGCCAAGGCAAAGCCGAAGAACAAGCAACUCAUCAUUGAAGGCAGUCUGGGCAAGAUCUCUUUCAGCAACGCCAAGGCUCCGAAGCCGAUGCUGAACCUCAAACGACCCGAUAGCUCGGAAGGCCCUCGGCCGAAGAAGUUGCAAUCGGACCUGAGCACUAGUGAUCGGAAAUCUCUUCUGGGUAACAUUGAAGCUGUCUACGACGCUUUGAUGUCGAUGGAGGACAUGGAACGCACUAUGCCACCACCGCCCGAGGAGGGCGACACAGAGGCCAUUCAGGAGCACAUGGAAUGGCGACAGCAGGUUCAGAAACUCAAUCAGAAGUUGUGGCAAGCACUCAAGGUCAUGGAACCCAUUGUGCCCAACGCAACCACUCCCCACCCGUUCAUUGCAUUCUUGUCCUACCCGAAGGGUAAGAAGGCCAUCCCUCGUAUCUUCCGCCACAUUGAUCAAGAGCAACGGGUCACCAUUCUCACCAUGAUUGUGGUGCACUUGGACAGCUUGGACGUUGUUCGUCUUGCACAACACGCGGGACCUGGCGAUGCGCAGUUGCCUGUCGCAGUGCGUGAAGCCAUUGAUCUCUUCUCACUGGCUGUCAUGCCGAGCUUGCUGGGCUACGUCAAUGAAGCCCCCUUCAACAUCAUCAUUGGUCUUUUGGGUCUGGUGAUUGCUCAAACCCAAGCCAUCUCCGUGGCUCGCACCAAGACUGGUCUGGGUAUCCUGACCAUGUUGCUCAGUCGGGCCGAGAUCGUCAAGGAGGCUGGCCAGGCGUCCGAGCGCGAUUGGCAGCAGUGGGUGGAGAAGUUCAAUGUUCUGUUUGAUAUGUUGGAGCCUGGCCUGGUACAUAUCUUCCCUGGGUCCAUCAACUCUGGUGACGAUAUGUACGUGUGGCAAUUCCUAGCCGCCGUGGGUAUUGGUGCCAGCCCUGAGCAACAGCAGCGUUUGGUGAUUGCUGUCAAGGAUCGUGUCAUGGAAACCGUUGGCUACAGCAAGACUCUCCCCGCCGAUAUGGCUAGCCAAAGACUGGGCAAUGUCAACCUGUUCAUGCGGGCUAUUGGUUUGGACGUGGAACUUCUUGGUUAA